AUGCCUAUUGAAAUCCCCAAUCAAAUAAUACCCCGAUCUAGGAGAUGUGGACCCAAAGUGAAGACAGGCUGCCGAACUUGCAAGAUACGUCGAGUCAAGUGCGAUGAGGCCAAGCCUUCAUGCGAAAGAUGUGUUUCCACUGGACGAAAAUGUGAUGGGUAUUUCACAGACCUAAAGAGGUUGAGCCCGGAAAUGCAAACAUUGUCAGACAUCCAGCGAGUACCUACAUUUUUACCUGGUACUGUAAAUGAACGGCGAGGUUUUCAAUACUUUGUUUCCAAUACAGCAACAGAGCUCAGUGGAUAUUUUGAUCCCUCUUUCUGGAAUCAUCUCAUAUUGCAAGCAAGCUCUGUGGACCCAUCUCUUCGGCAUGCUAUCAUAGGACUUGGGACUCUCCACGAAGAUUUCUCGAACCGAAGAUUGGAUCUUGCGACGAAAUGCGAUGCUGCAAGAUCAGGAUUUGGGUUCGCUACAAGUCAAUAUACAAAGGCCAUUUCACACCUUAGACGGUCUCUAGCGGCAGGCAAACAGAAACCUCUCACAGCGUUAAUGUCUUGUAUUCUUUUCGUUUGCUUUGAUUCUUUACGGGGCCAUUUCUCAAGCGCAGUGAUGCAUUUGCAGAGCGGCCUAAAGAUUUUGCAGAAUUCGCGAUUACGAAACAAUUCUGAAGACGAGGAUCUGAUAGAAGAAAACAUUGUACCUAUGUUCAUGAGACUUUGCAUACAAGCUAUUCUGUACAUCGAUACUAGAGAAGUUCCAGAACGUAUGGCUUUCGCAAAAGUAAUAUCGACCAUCAGUACUCGAGAAAAUAUCAUACCAAGAGAAUUCAAGAACCUGGAUGCAGCAAGAAGAAGUCUCCUUCACGCAUCCGAUAGCCUUUUCCGAGGGGGUUACUUAUGGGAUGGUAACCUUCCUUCCGCCUGCCAACCAAAAUCAGCGAUGGAUUUAUAUGUAAAAUCUCGUAUGCAAUUGGACGCUUGGAGAGUCUCAUUUGAGAACUUCAUGAAAAACCAGAGUCAUACCUUUGACAGUAAACAAUUGAGGGGUGCUGCACUGUGCAAAGUACAUUAUGCAACUGUGCAUAUUAUGGCCAGGGUCACCGAACUAGACCUAGACGACCCUCGAAUCAUCAAGAACUACGUCAAUGAUCCCAAAAAGUUCGCCGUGUUCAAUUUGGAAUUUCAGAUCAUCGUCAGUCUGGCGAGAUCUUUAAUCAACGCUGCCGAGGAAGAUGCUAAAGCUGGAAGACCUGCAUUCACUUUCUCGGCUGAUUUGGGUUUGAUUGCUCCUUUAUAUUUCACUUGCAUGAAGUCACCCAAUGAAGCAACUCGUCGCCAAGCACUGGAACUUCUACUGCGGUGUCCAAGAAAGGAGGGGAUGUGGGACAGCUCAUCAACAAUCAACCUCGUACGAGAUUUCUGGAAUCUCGAACAGAAACUGAUUUAUCGACCUAUAGGAGUAUACCCUGUUUCAGAAAAACUCAUUCAGAUGAGUGAGGUGGUAAAUCUUGUCCUGAACAAGGAUAUGCAAUGGGAAUGGAAACUCUCUGAAACCCCGACAAUAGAACCUCCUCAAUGCACACGUGGAGACGACUUCUCGAAUCUGGAAGACUUCAGUUGGCUACCAAGUGAAAUGGAAGAUAUUAAAUUAUUUGAAAUGGCUGAAGGAAGUCUCUUUUUGGGGGUUUCCUGGCCCUAA